AUGUCUGAGGAAUCUGAGCUGUUUCAAGCUGUAGGCGAUGUGGCUUCCGAGGUGGAUGAUCACGGACUCAGAAAGACGGGGGCGUUGGACUCUAUGGGUCAUCCCGUACAGGAAAUUGAAUCGUUGUGUAUGAACUGCCAUGGAGAAGGUACUACUAAGUUACUUCUCACUUUCAUUCCACAUUUCAAAGAGAUUGUAGUCAUGUCGUUUGAAUGUCCUGCUUGUGGGUUUAAAAACUCAGAAAUCCAACCUGCCAGUGAAAUUCAAGAAAAGGGCUCUAAAUAUACGUUCAAGAUAGAAACCAAGCAAGAUUUCAAUAGGCAGGUGAUCAAGUCCGAGACCGGGACAUGCAAGUUUGAAGGGUUGGAUCUUGAGAUUCCUGCUAAGCGUGGCCAACUGACUACGGUGGAGGGACUGCUGGCAGAGAUGGUCGAUGAUCUUGCUUGCAGUCAAGAGGCAAGGAAAGAUGUGGACGAAGUACUUUACAACCAGAUUGAACAAUUCGUGGCCAAGGUGAGAGCUACUAUCAACUGCGAGGAAGGCACGUUGCCUGUCACACUCACUCUUGAUGACCCAGCAGGCAAUUCUUGGAUUGAGUACAGCCCGGGAGAAUCCACUGAGAAGUGGGAUCACACCGAAUAUGCGAGAACCGCUGAGGAUAAUCUAGCCGUGGGGAUCAUUACACGGGAACAAUAUGAAGAGCAUCGCCAAAGGGACCGUUCUGCUGCUAAAAAUAAAACCACUUUCUUAUCUGACGCUACUGACAUUGAAAACUUUCACAACGAGGUCCAAACAUUUAGAGCAACCUGUUCUUCGUGCACGCGCCCAUGUGAUACCCACAUGAAGCCUGUUAAUAUCCCACAUUUUAAAGAAGUUAUUAUCAUGUCUACAGUUUGCGAACACUGCGGUUACAAGUCAAAUGAGGUUAAGACAGGCGGUGCGAUCCCAGACAAGGGUAGAAGAAUCACUCUUUUCUGCGACGAUGCCGAUGACCUAUCCAGAGAUGUCCUGAAGUCGGAGACAUGUACCAUCAACAUUCCAGAAUUGCGUUUAGACAUCCAACAAGGCACUUUGGGCGGUAGAUUCACCACGCUGGAGGGCCUGCUCAGACAAGUAUACCAGGAGCUUGAAUCACGUGUUUUCACACAAACAUCAGAUUCCAUGGACGAGGAAACAAAGCAGAGAUGGCAGAGCUUCUUUGGACGCUUGAAAGAAGCCCUAGAGGGAAACAUCAAAUUCACAGUUAUCAUGGAAGAUCCAUUGGCAGGUUCUUAUAUCCAAAAUAUAUAUGCCCCAGAUCCCGACCCUAAUAUGAAAAUCGAGGAUUACGAUAGAACGGCUCAGCAAAACGAAGACCUGGGAUUGACAGAUAUGGAUGUAAACCCUGUCUCUUAA